CUCUGCUUUCGCUUUUGCCGAUUUUCUUUGGCACUUGUCCAAUAAUAUCCGACACCAAAGUGGGUCUUAUAAUGCUGACAUGAGACUAACCAUAUUCGUUAUAGUACCAUGUCAAGAUGCACUCCCUGGAAGAUAUAAAGCAUUAGAAACCGCCUUCGAAAUUCAUACCCUCUAAAUCCUUCGAUCCAGACUAAGAGAUCAUGUCUUCCCAGGUGAUCCUCCCCUCAGAGACCAUCAUCCACCGGUGUGGUAGCUCCCUAGCCGGCAAGACAAUCCUAAUAACUGGUAUAUCCAGCCACUCUAUUGCCGGCGAGCUCGCCAUCCAAUUAAGCGCUGCAGCCCCCCAUCUCCUCAUCCUCAGUGCCCGAGCUGAGGAAAAAGUCAUCCCCAUCGCCAGGAAAAUCAAAUCCACAGCCCCCAAUGUCGAAAUCCGAUUUUUAAAAAUGGAUCUCGGAGACAUGACUAGUAUCAGAGAAGCAGUUGACACUCUUCGCGAUGUCCCGAAGAUCGACCAUCUCGUAUGUGUCGCGGGUGUCAUGGUUCCUCCGUAUGGAACUACCAAGGAUGGGUCCGAGACGCAGUUCGGGGUGAAUUAUUUGGCGAAUUUCUUGUUGAUUAAACUGCUUCUCGUGAAGGUGAGGGUUGCUGGGGCCGGAUCGUCGAUUAUCAUUGUUGCAAGUAGUGCGGUUAGGAGCGGGAAGGUUGAAUUCGGCGAUGUUGGGUUUAGUGAGGGCAAAACAUAUGAUCCUCUGGUGGCAUACGCCCAGUCGAACGCUGCCCGGGUCAUGCUUGUGAAGGCGCUUGCGGAGAAAUUAGGAGAUCAGGGAAUCCGAACGUUUAGCAUUGAUCCCGGUGCCGUCCGAUCUGGUCUGCAACGUCAUUUUACGCUGGAAUUUCAAGAGAUGGUUGCGAGACUGCGAGGUUCUAGUGGACUAGUCGACCUUGAUGGUAAGCCGAUUGAGUUGCCCCCCUGGAGCACAAAGUCUGAAGGCGCUGCGACUAUUAUCACGGGCAUGAUCGACCCCACGAUCCAAGAUUAUAACGGUGCCUUUCUCCAUAACAAUGCAGUGGCCGAUGAGGAGUUGCAUAGCCAUAUUCUAGAUCAGAAUAAUUGGGCGAAGCUGUGGGAACUUAGUGAGCAGAUGAUCCACGAGUCGUUUGCUGUUUAAACGGUGUCUUAAUUUGGUGUCAUGU